CCCCUUCGUGCGCACUGCUCCCUGCGGCCGCUGCCGCCUGUAACCUGCGCCGCCAGGAUGUGGCUGGGGGCUGACGUCGGGUCCAGAUGUGGCCCCGGCCCCGCCCACCCCCGGGGCCGGUCCGCCCACACCGAGCCGCGGCGCGCACGGAGGCUGUCCCGCCUGCCACAAUGCACGGUGGAACUGCGACCGUAACUUGCAGGGGUCGUGCCUAACAUCGCCGCUCGACAUCCGUAAGACAAGCCGGCCCUGACGCCGCACGCGGACCCUCUUCGUUGGAGACCCCCAUGCGCUCACCCUCCCGUACCCGGCCAGGCGGACGCGGAGCCGCGCGGGUGACGGCAGAAGCGGCUGCGCGCCCAGCCUAGCCCAGCCCAGCCGGAGAAGAGGGCGCGCCGCGCCCCCGCCCCCCGCUGCUCUCCGGAGGCCGUGGGUGCGGAUGCGCCGCUGACGACUCCUGCGAGAGCACCGCGCGCCCGAGCCCACAGCAUGGCAGCCGCCGCCUAUGUGGAUCACUUUGCCGCCGAGUGCCUCGUGUCUAUGUCCAGCCGCGCAGUCGUGCACGAGCCGCGGGAAGGGCCUGAGCCCCGGCCCGAGGGCGCGGCCGCCGCCGCCCCCACACUGCCCCGCGUUGACGAGCGCCGCGACGGCAAGGACAGCGCCUCGCUUUUCGUGGUGGCGCGGAUCCUAGCGGACCUCAACCAGCAGGCGCCGGCGCCCGCCCCCGCGGAACGCAGAGAAGGGGCCGCUGCGCGCAAAGCGAGGACCCCCUGCCGCCUGCCGCCCGCGCCCCCUGCGCCACCUCCCGCCCCAGAGCCCGCCUCCCCGGGACAAGCAGGCGCGCCGGCCGCGCCCCCCAGCCCCGCGUGGAGCGAGCCCGAGGCAACACUGGAGCCGGAGCCGGGCCCCGCGGGGAGCGGCGAGCCCGGCCUCAGACAAAGGGGUCGGCGGGGCCGGAGUCGCGCGGACCUCGAGUCCCCGCAGAGGAAGCACAAGUGCCACUACGCGGGCUGCGAGAAAGUUUACGGGAAAUCUUCGCACCUCAAGGCGCACCUGAGAACUCACACAGGUGAGAGGCCCUUCGCCUGCAGCUGGCAGGAGUGCAACAAGAAGUUUGCGCGCUCGGACGAGCUGGCGCGGCACUAUCGCACACACACGGGCGAGAAGAAGUUCAGCUGCCCCAUCUGCGAGAAGCGCUUCAUGCGGAGCGACCACUUGACGAAGCAUGCUCGUCGCCACGCCAACUUCCAUCCCGGCAUGCUGCAGCGGCGCGGUGGGGGCUCGCGGACCGGCUCGCUCAGUGACUACAGCCGCUCCGAUGCCAGCAGCCCCACCAUCAGCCCGGCCAGCUCGCCCUGAGCACCCACGCCCCCGGACCGCGCCUUGCCCCCUUGGUAAAUAGGAAAGCUGAGCGAACUUGAGAAGUCCACAGCAAAACACUUUUCUUCACCUCAGGUGUCAAUUUUUAACAAAAAAAAAAAAAAAAAAAAAAAAAUUGUUUUUUCAAAAAAAAAAAAAUAUACACGACCCACAAAUUGCACAAUAGAGCUAUCCACGAAGUUGAGAUUUGGUGGUGUUGAAACCUCCCCCCCCUCUCUCAGGGAUGGACGCGGUCCACGAGGUCAGUGAGGGCAUGCCUUUCUGCCGCCUUACUCUGUACAUAGGUUUGCACUCUGGAGUUUUCUGUGAGGUUGGGGAUCAUACUAGGGCAGAACAGGCCAGCUGGGAACAGAUGUGGCCACUGACAUUGUGAUUUUGCAACAGACCCCCCAAAGGCCUGUACCCUUUUACUGCUUACCACUCAUUUGCCCUCCUCUGCCCCUUGGCCUGGCUUAGAGCACAGGUGGGUCUGAGGGACUGGCCAUGACAGACUGUGGGAGCACUUGACUGUGGAACUAUGGAGAAGGACAGCAGCCUUCUGAGGGUGAUCCUGCCACCCUGCCCGGCUUUCUGCCUCUAGAAAUUCUCAGAAAAAUGGAGGCCAGAUGCAAAUCCCUCCUGUAUUGGCACACCAUUGCUGCCAACAGCCCCCAGAGGCGGCCCCGGGCCCUGCCUGCCCUACAGAAGGCAUCUGGGACCCUUCACCAUCACACCAUGUUCUCAGUCUGGGAAAUAGUGCCCUGGGCACGUUGUGCUGAACCUGUUUCCCUGCAAACUGGGUGGUGUUUCAUCCAGUUCCCCAAGCUCUCAUGACCUGGGCCACCGUGGAGGCACCUCUGUAUGAAGCUGGGCCAUCAUGCCCCCUCUGGCUCUUCAGUCUGUGUGUGUGGCCCUGCGAGUGGCAGCACUCACAUCCCACAGAGACUGCCCGUGGUGGCAAAGGCAUUGUCAGUUGGAACUCUGCAGAGCAACACAGCAGGCGGUAUAAGAGAUGAUACUGGAGGAACAAGCAUUCUGCUUCUCUGGGGGACACCACAUGAAAGUUAUGGGAAUCAUCUUCUCAGAACCUUGAGUGCAGACUUAGCAAACCCCAUGGUUCCAUACUGUUGCACUCCCUGCUUUCCCUGCCUGGGAGGACCCAAGCCACACCUAACCUGCAGGGCGGGCCUCUAGGAGGGAGCUGGUGGUAAACCAGCAGGAGUAAAAGUAGAAGCUAGGCCUAUCCUGUUUCUCCUGGAGCCCAGACCUGGGCUGCAUUGGCUUCGGGCGCUAGGCCUCGUCAGCAAGACCAUGUUCUGCUUGCUCUUCUGCAAAUCUUUGGAGUGUCCAUCAACUCCCACCCUGCAGAGGACCAGGCAUUUCCUCCCCUUCUCCCAGAAAAUGGGGCCUAGGAACAUAAGGCCCCGGGACUGGAUAUAUAUGUGUAUGUGUGUAUGUGUGCGCCUGUGUGUGUGUUCGCGAGUAUGUAUUGGGUGGGUGGGUUUGGGAUGGACUUGGGUUAUCUUACCGAGACCUCUCUUCAUUUUGAUGUGGAGGAUCAGCCCUUGUGACUUGGAGGGCCAUAGAUGGGCUUCCUGGGCCCAGAGUGCCUUGGUUGUGGCCAUUCUGCCUCCACCCCAGCCCACAGUGUAGGGGUGAAGCACAGGAAAAACCCAGAGAUCAUGCCCAGCCAUGUCUGCAGUCUCUGGCUGUUGUCAUUGGCUACCAUGUGGAUCUGGGGCACCACUUUCUAACUACCUGUGCUUUGAGAGGCUAAUGGCAUAUGGUGGCUAUGGUAGCACAGUAGGUGCUGAGUUGGGCUGUGGCAUUGUUGCUGGCAUUGUUGCUGGUGGGUGGGGAUGGUCCCUGCCCUGGUCCCGUGUAAAGCUGGUGACAGCUCUGCUUGCAUUUCAUCUGGGGAAGAGAUUGGAAAAUGUGGUUGGGACCUUGACUGAAGGGAACCCUGGGUGCUUGGGGUGUGGCUUUCCUUAUGCUGAGUUCCAAAGUGUAGUCCCUCCCAAAGUCUAUUUGUGUGAGGCAAAGAAAGCCACACUCUGAACACAUUUCAUGUCUCAGGAAUUCACAUUCCAGAUUCAGGAAUUUUAUUCCAAAGUCCUUUGGUGCACCUACAUCCAUGGUUCUGAAGACAGAAAGAGGCAACGGUGUGCCCCAAAGGCCAGCCAAGGUCUCCUUGGGAAGAGCCAGGUGUCUCUUGUGAUCUGCCCACAGACAUGGGAGGAAGCUUUAUAACUCCGCCACUGUCUGUACUUAGGAAGGGUAAAAAGGACUCUAAGCUCGUCAUCUUGGAAUAAAAGAAAGAGCUGGUUUGUUGUAGAGCGGGUUGGGGGUGGGGGAGGGGGAGGGAAAGCGGGCGUAGGCUGUUUCCAAAGAGCACUUAAUUUAAUUUUUCCUCCGAAUGACCCAGGGCUGUUCCAUCUGAUGGAUGGAAGGGUAAUGUUGCCUUAAAACAGAAAUAUGCAGGCGUUGGCUAUUUUUGGCAAACGAACGUGUCUUCAUUCCCAAAGUGGUUCUCCUUUAAUGGUAGGGUGUGGUCCUUCAGUGUGGGGCCAAGCACCCCUCUCAUGGACCACCCCUCCCCCAUGUCAUCUGGGGCUUCAGUUCAUCUCAUCCAGGGGUGGGAGGAAGGGAGGAACAUGACUAGACUCAUUUCCAGUGGAUUUUCAUCUCGUCAUACACAAGGGAUACCUUCUAAGAUGCAGAGUCUUCCCAGCCUAGGUCUUUGAGUUUUUGCAGUUAUGGCCAUAUUUUCUGGUUUCAGUUUGACUGAGGAACCCAUAGGGCGCCCAGAAAUAGUACUGAAAAGUCAAAUCUUUUUUUUUUUUUUUUUUCCUUUUCCCAUUAGGGACGGGAAGCAGAGAUCCCACAAUGAAAGUGCCUGAGUGAAUGGGAGAGUUCCCUAUAGCAAUGUCUAAAAGGAAUUCUGGACUUCGGCCAUCAGGGGGCUGGAGUUUAGCUCAUGUCCCAAAUGAGAAAGUCCCUCUUUGCAUCAGCCAUAUUAGGGGGCCACUGUCUGUUCCCCAGAUGCCUACUGAAUUCUACAGCCAUACAGAAAACAGCCCUUUCCACAGAGGGCCCUUGGUUCUCUCUUGAUGGGUGCUAAGUCGGGAUGGAUAAUGAUGCCCUUGAUGGGAGUGUGGUCCUGGAGGUGCCCAGCCUAUGUCCUGCUGUGCCCCCUAACCACAGGACCUGAAGUGCAAGGUCCCACCUCCAGCACCUCCCAUCCCAACUUUGUUCUGAGACCAGCAUUGGGACAGAUGCAGGGUUCACCAGAGUGCAGCUUCCAGGUGCAAAAACCUGCAUCCUGGUGACCCUGGUGAAGGGUGGUUUAGAUGUGGAGAAGAGGGAAGGUGACAUUCUGUGGUCCCAAGAGAAAUGUGGCAGAACUAGAGGGGUUAACUUUCAAGACUUCUGCCUCUUGGCCUCACUGUCCAGGAGACUGGCCCUUUUCUUGCCAGAAGCAGGUGCUACAUACAAUGUGCACAGGGUCACAGCAUUUCCUAGGGGCUUUUCUGGACUCUCCACCAAGCAGGGGCACCAUCCAUGUAAGACAAGUCUGAGCACUAGCUUGGCCUCUCAGCUCACAACAAAGGUUGUGGCUUUGUUCACUUCUGACAGCUGUUACUGAUUACCCCCCACGAACACACUUCACAAAAGGUCAUCAGUCAGAGACAGUGCCAGAAGGUUUAUGAAUAGCCAUGUUUCGAUAAGUAAGAAAUGCCUUUGUAGGUCACCCACAUUUUUUUUUUUUUUGCUCCCUGAAAUUUCCAUAUGUGAGUCCUGGUGGCUGUCUCUUUCAAAUCCAAAAUCCAGAUGUGGACUCAGCUUGUUUUGAAAUCAGGGUAACACUAGGGAGAGCCAGGCCCUAUGACUAAUUUUCCUGAUUCUGAGUCUUCGAAGGUUUGUCCUGGACACAUUCCAGAGAAUUUUGUACCCAAACAUGGAUGCUCAAUCCAGCUAACUACUGAUACAGGCCUAAGCAGUGCUGAGGGAGAGGCCCUUCCUCUUGCUGGCCAACUGACCUCCAGUGAAAGGAGCAGAACUGGCCUGGAGGCCCCAGUCCACCCUGGAAAGAAGGCUUGUUUGGUCUCUGUUGAACCUACAGGAUUAGUGGACUUGCCUUGGAACUGUCUAGCUCAGCCCAGCCCAGCUCCCUCACCCCAUCCCCAAUCUCACAUAGCUUUAAAACUUUACUACUUUUAUUUAGAAACAAACAGGAUGGCAAAGAAGACAGCCCCUUUCACAUCUCUGGGGGUGGGCAGGAAACAGGUCAGGCAUGAGGGUGGGGUUUCUCCCUCCUGUUUCCCUGGAGCAUGUACUAUGGGUCUGACUGGUGUUAGCCUGUGAGCUGAUCCUAGACUUGGGAAUAUCCCUUCCCCAGGAGUAGCUGAGGCCAUUUUGCACGUGACUCAGACCCUGAGUUAUGAGGACUACCCUGGCAUGUGAGUGGGAGGGUCUCUCCGUUCCCCAUUGCACACUGGGGAGGCCGGGGGUUCCUAGUGCAGGGGACCCCAUGGACAGUAACAUGAAGCUCCUUGUACCACUAUGCAUUGUGGGGUCAGAGCUCCUGGUGACUGGAAAUCUCUGUUGUGGUUUUGUUGGCUAGGCCCAGGUGACUGCUUCCCAUCCAAAGCCAUCAGUGGAACGUCUGUGGAAUCCUUUGCCAAAACCUCAAGGCAAAAUUCAAGGGUCCAAGGCCAUUUGCAUCAUCAGUUCCAGAUUUUCUUUUCUAUAGGAACUUUUUUUUUUUUUUUUUAAAGAAAACCCUAGUUCCCAACAUGCUUCCAAAGGCCAUGUUCCGUCUUUCCUGGAUCACUACAGUGAAGUAUUACAGUUGUACAGUUCCCAAUCUGGCCUUGGCUUGCUCGGAUAAAACUUUGUUAUGUAUUUUGUAAGGCAUAGAUUCUAUAUUGUAAUGUCCUAUGCAAAAGAAAAAAAUUAAUGAAAUGUAAAUUUUAUUGUUUUAACAUGUAUGCAUGUUUAGUGACGUUUACAUUUUGAAAUAAAAUUUAUGAUUCAUUA